AUGGGGUUGUGUGCUUCGCAUUUGGAUGCGAUGGGCGUGCUUGUGUUUGGAUUUACUGGUGUGGUUCUUUUUGGGGAAAGUCUGGUGCAAGGAAUGAGGAUACAAGGUGAGAAUACAGUUGUUGGAGUUUUGAAUUAUUUAUCUAUUCAUCAAAAGACUAAUGACACAAGAUUUUCGUCAGUUGUAGCUGAAUAUGAUGAUAAGGGUGCACAUAUUUUUCGUGUUUUGAAUGCUAGUGAUGCAUUUGAAGAACCUUUGUUUUGUAUCAUUGGGUCUGGGGUUCAGUCUGGCGCACCAUUUCUUGAAACAAGACAUCGAUUUGUGAUAUUGUCUGACACUGCUUGUGAGAUUGUACUUCUAGCUAUCUGCUAUGUUACUAGAUUUGACGAAUGUAUGGGUGGCUGUGCAAAAGCCAUCCAUUUCAACCAAAAUGGAGAUAUCACAAUCUAG